AUGUCUGCGCCCCAGCAGCCCGACGCCGCUCCCACUGCGGCCGUUCCCCCAGCCGCCAAUGACCCCCACAGCACCUCGGCCAUCGUCGACGACGAGUACGUGAGCCCUGCCUCGUCGUCGUCGUCGAUCAACGAGCCCGGCCAGCCCGCACACCUGCCCCGCCCAAAGCUGGGCAGCCGCAAGUCGUCUGGCACCAUCAUCAUCCCGCGCGACAGCCCCCAGGUCGAGCUGGGCGAGGAGGAGGAGGAGUACGACGAGAACGACGCUCGCACCAUGAGCCCGCGGAGGACGAGCGAGGAGAUCGAGAAAAUCAGCCAGGAAGCCCGCGAGGCCCUGAUACAGCAAGCCAAAGCCCUCCAGGCCAGCCUUCUCAGCAUCGUCGACCGCGUCGAGUCGGUGCGCUGCGAACACGAGAAGCUCGAAGGGGGCAACCGCUUCCUGCAGUCUUACAUUGGCGAGCUCAUGCAGACGAGCAAGCUGACUGCCGCCGGCGCUGCAAAGGCAAAGGUCACCAAAGGCCGCCCCAUCAAAUAA